AUGGCGGGAGUCUUUUUUUCUUUCCUAAAUUAUGUGCUAAUUAUUUGUCAAAAACAUUGCAGGAGUGUAGCAAAUUAUCUGUGGAACAAUUAUCUUGGAGGCCAAUCAAACACACGUCCACUAGGAGAUGCAAUUCUAGAUGGAAUUGAUUUUGAUAUAGAAGGAGGGACAACACAACAUUGGGAUGAAUUAGCAAGAGCUUUAUCACAAUUUAGCCAACAGAGGAAAGUAUAUUUAACUGCAGCUCCACAAUGUUCAUUCCCAGAUACAUUUUUAAAUGGUGCACUUUCCACUAGCUUAUUUGACUAUGUUUGGGUUCAAUUUUACAAUAAUCCACCGUGUCAAUACUCCGGUGGAAGCGCGGACAAUUUAAAAAGUUACUGGAAUCAGUGGAACGCGAUUCAAGCUGGAAAAAUUUUUCUCAGUUUACCGGCAGCUCAAGGAGCUGCUGGAAGUGGUUUUAUACCAUCUGAUGUUCUUGUUUCUCAGGUUUUACCAUUAAUUAAUGGUUCACCUAAGUAUGGGGGUGUUAUGCUUUGGUCUAAAUUUUUUGACAAUGGUUAUAGCUCUGCUAUUAAGGCUAAUGUUUGAGAUAUAUGCUCAUAUCUAGUCACCUUGUAUUAAUGUGAUGACAUCAAUAAUGUUAUAUUAUAGUACUCAAUAAUGAGGUUUUGAAAGUUACUUAUUAAAAAAAAUU